AUGGCUCAGGACUGUCCUCUGCUCCUCCUGAAGGCAGACACUCUUAGGCUGCUCCUGUCUCUCUCUCUGUCUCUCUCUCUGUCUUUGUCUCUGUUUGUGAGCACAGCUGGAAGUUCUCCUCUCUUAAACCGGCACCUUCAGCCAGCAGAAGCGGAGGGAUUCCUCGAGAGAUACGGCUACUUGCAUGAUGAGGAGCACACGCACAGUGCAAAUGAGGUCAAGUCAGCUGUCAGGGAGUUCCAGUGGCUGUCCCACCUGCCUGUCACUGGACAGUUGGACAGCGCCACCCUGGUGAAGAUGGCCUCGCCGCGCUGCGGGGUGAAUGACAGGGGUAGUCACGAAGGCUGGGCACAAAGGGUCAACACCAUUUUCACUGGCCGGAGCCGGCAGGACCUACGCAGGAAGCGUUACACUCGGCCAGGGGAGAAGUGGUACAAGCGUCACCUGACGUACCGCAUCGUGAACUGGCCGCGGCACCUCUCGCAGGGUCCCGUGCGGCUGGCCGUGCAGAUGGCCUUCCAGCUUUGGAGCAAUGUGUCCGGGCUGGUCUUCCAGGAGGUCAGCCAGAGUCCAACAGACAUCCGACUGGCCUUCUACGAGGGAGAGCACAACGACGGAACAAGCAAUGCGUUCGACGGCCCAGGCGGUGCCCUGGCUCACGCUUUUUUCCCAUGCCGGGGCGAGGCUCACUUUGACAAGGCGGAGCGCUGGACGCUGAAUGGCCAUAAAGGACAUAACCUUUUUCUGGUGACCGCCCACGAGAUCGGCCACACGUUGGGAUUAGAGCACUCGCCCGUCCGUCACGCCCUCAUGUCGCCCUACUAUAAGAAGAUGGGGCGCAGCCUGCUGCUCAGCUGGGACGACAUUACAGCAGUGCAACAGUUAUACGGUAAGCCAUCUGGUGGUGCUGCGGUGCAGAUACCAAGCCGGGCUCUGAGCUGGGCCAUGCAGGACUGGGAACUAGCUGAGGAACCUACAGACAGGAACCUUUCCCAGCCGCACUAUUGCCAAGGCCUGUUCGAUGCCAUCACAAUGGAUGGGAAUGGGACAGUGCUGGUCUUUAGGGGUGGGCUGUUCUGGACGGUGUCAUCUGAGGGAAAUGUAAGCAGCCCCCUUAUUCUUCAGCAGCGCUGGCCUCACCUCCCAUUCGCCAUCGAGGCUGCAGCCUUCUCCCCAUUGGACGGCAAGCUGUACUUUUUUAAAGGUAAGCGAAUGUGGCGGUACUCCGGCACCAACCUGGACCCGGGGUUCCCCAGGAAGAGCAGCGAGUUGGGCCUGCCGCGCCACCUGGACUGUGCCUUCUUCUACAGCCCUUUGGGCCGCAUGGUACUUUUUAAAGGCUCACGCUACUUUGUGCUCAACCUAGAGACGCUUCGUUCUGAGCCGUACUAUCCACGCAGCCUUGCAGACUGGAAGGGGGUCCCCAGGGGGGCUAACGGGGUGCUGACCAGGCCGGACGGCCGCCUUUACUUCUUCCGAGAGCAGAAGUACUGGAGGUUCGACCCAGGGAAGGUGCGGGUCACUCGGACCGGGCAGUGGGCCGAGACGUUAGAGUGGACCGGCUGCCACAGGACUCUCUCAGAACAAAGCAAUGACACACUGUGACCAGCAGGGGGAGCCAGAGACAUGAAACAGCUAUUGACUUGAGGCAGUGGUCCUCCAGAUGGUCUCCAUUCAUCCUUAUGCUUAUCAUCCUUACGAAUUAGGUUGUAGCAAAAAUGUGGAUUGUCUGUGAGGCUCUGAUGAUCCGGACUGAAGACUGAUUUGAUUAGAACGAAAUAAAAGGGAUCGAAAACUGAAAAAGAACAAUAUUUUUCAUAGAAUGUAACUGAGAACAGCAGCAAAAUCAAGCUAUUUUACAAACUUGGUCAGCUAGUAAAUAGCUUUCUAAGUUUGUUACAGGUUAUUUUUAUAGGAUCCAUGAUUUUAUUGGUUCGUACUAAAAAGAAACAGUGUUUUGUCAGUUCUGCUCCAGCAUUCUACACCUUCCCUAUUCACUCUGAUCAGAAUAAAAUUAAAAAUACAGCUAAUAAUGUUCUUCUAAUAAAGCCUACUGUGCGUAUAACACAAUAACACCAAAUCAAGUUGAACAAGAAAUGAUAAUGUUAUUAACCUCAUUUUAAAACAAAGUAUUGUUCCUCUUUGGUCUUCUGUUUUUGUCCUGUGUUAAGUCAUUUCUAAUCUCCAGUUAAGGAGAGGGCCACGUGCAAUUCAGUAAAAACCUGAGACUUUCUUGGAAAGUUGUCAUGGAAAACCAUGUUUUUCCUUGUCUGAACAACCUGGACAGUUUUGUUUUGUUUGUGAACUGCAGCCUAAAAAUAUAAAAAAAUGUUCAUGUGUAUAGGACUGUAAAAGUAUUAUUAUGAAAAUUUGCAUUUGUUGCAUAUAUGUAAUCUCAAUAAUGAGCAUAACUGUACUGUAAUUCCAGUUUAAAACUGAUGUAUUUUAAAUAAUGCAAGCUAAUAUGUGAGAGCUGUGUAAUCUACACCGAUCAGGCAUAACAUUAUGACCACC